GUGGCUCAGUAGAGGUGUGCGUGAGUGUGUGUAUAUUUGUGUGUGCGCGCGAAAAAUCAAAAUCAAAAAUGCCGGUAAACCUAUCGUGGCAGCACGGCGCCCCGUACGACAGCAAUCCUCCACGCGACUCGUGAAUAAUAAUAUAUUAUUAUAUUAUUAUGUUGUAACCCUCCGAAAACGAUAACAAUAUAAUAUAUACGGACACCCCGAUUCCAAAACAAUAAUUGUUAUUAUUUUCGAAAUCCGUUUUGUCUCCGAACGUUUAUUUAUUUCAUUGUUGUAACUCGCUCGCCACUAAAUCGUAUUGGGCAUACGACAUCAACGUCGCCGUUGCAGACACGUCAUAGCAAUAAUACUAUAAUAUUAUAUUAUAGUAGUCACAUCGAAUAAUAUUUCGUUCGCGAGACGAUGGCCAAAAUGCGGUGCUUAUUCGUAGCAGUUAAUGUGCUCAUGUUGAAAACUAUCGUCGGUGCUGCUGAAACUGCAUCGGACAGUCAAUCACCGUGGAUUCAUAAGGACACCGCAGCUUCCGCCGGAACGACGAUGACGGACGGUCGGAACRUGAUCUCGCCACGGAUGGAUUUCGAAGAGUGGAAGCCGUUGGGCCGCGGCGACCCGCUGAAGAAUGACCCAACGUUCGACUACCUGCCGCCGGUGCUGGACAGGGUGCUCUAUUGGAAAUCUCCGCCGGCGGCCACUAAUCGCGCUCACUAUUACUCGUCUGCGUCCACGGCGACGCCGACCACGUCACCGUCGCAAGCUGUUCACGGCGGUUACAACCGGCGGUUCUUCCUGACGGACUUUUCCAAAAGGGAACCGGUGCAGGCCGUGGCUUACGCAGCAAUUAAGCGGCCGCCGCCCAACAACAGUAUACUGCAGCCUCACCAUCAUCACCCGUACAAUCACCACCAUCCUCAGCAACAACAACAGCAGCAGCAACAACAAAUGCAGCACCACCUGCAGACGCUGCAAGCGGUGUCCGCGGCCGGUUACCACUACUCGAUGCAUCUGGCCGCGCCCGUGCCUAGGACCCCGUUGCCUAUGUUAACUCCGCCGCCGUACCAGCAGUGGCCGGUCACUGUGGAUGGUCAGGUACAGUCGUCGUCCCCGGACGUGCCGGGAAACGCGGUGGCCGAGAGCAAACAACCGCCGCCGACCAUGGUMCGGGCGCCGACGCGGUUCGUCCCGCCCUCGUCCCAUCACUCUUCGGUCGUCAAGGCUCUGUUGGACGAAGAAGUUGACCGAACCACGGUCACGACGACCGGCACCCCGGUUACCGGGGCCGUUUGGAUGACGACCAUGAUGACGUCAACACCGCCGUCGCCACCUCCAUCGCCGUCAAUGCCGACCAUCACAUCGACUACGCAACCGCCACCCACCGUUUCCGCGGCCGCUCAGACCACAUCACCGGUGGCCGUGACGGAUCCGCUGUUCUCGCAUUACCGGCAGUCCCCGGUCACCGGCCGCUUACACAUUAAAAACUCAGACGACAUAAAUGUUGUGCAUAUUAUUGUUGUCCCGAGUUUAUAA